AUGAGGUCCUCCCUGAUGGGACAGUGCCUCCACCCCCCUCCUCCCCCCCCUCACCUGGAUGAGGCCAGCAGCUGGGUGCCUCCUCUACUCCCCCCCUCCUCCCCUCACCUGGAUGAGGCCAGCAGCCGGGUGCCUCCUCUACUCCCCCCCCCUCACCUGGAUGAGGCCAGCAGCCGGGUGCCUCCUCUACUCCCCCCCCCUCACCUGGAUGAGGCCAGCAGCCGGGUGCCUCCUCUACUCCCCCCCCCUCACCUGGAUGAGGCCAGCAGCCGGGUGCCUCCUCUACUCCCCCCCCUCCCCCCCCUCACCUGGAUGAGGCCAGCAGCCGGGUGCCUCCACCCCCCUCCUCCCCCCCCUCACCUGGAUGAGGCCAGCAGCCGGGUGCCUCCUCUCCUCCCCCCCCCUCACCUGGAUGAGGCCAGCAGCCGGGUGCCUCCUCUACUCCCCCCCUCCUCCCCUCACCUGGAUGAGGCCAGCAGCCGGGUGCCUCCUCUCCUCCCCCCCCCUCACCUGGAUGAGGCCAGCAGCCGGGUGCCUCCUCUACUCCCCCCCCCCCCCCUCACCUGGAUGAGGCCAGCAGCCGGGUGCCUCCUCUCCCCCCCCCCCCUCACCUGGAUGAGGCCAGCAGCCGGGUGCCUCCUCUACUCCCCCCCUCCUCCCCUCACCUGGAUGAGGCCAGCAGCCGGGUGCCUCCUCUCCUCCCCCCCCCUCACCUGGAUGAGGCCAGCAGCCGGGUGCCUCCUCUACUCCCCCCCUCCUCCCCUCACCUGGAUGAGGCCAGCAGCCGGGUGCCUCCUCUACUCCCCCCCCCCCCCUCACCUGGAUGAGGCCAGCAGCCGGGUGCCUCCUCUACUCCCCCCCUCCCCUGGAUGA